GCCAGAAGUUGCUCUUGGGACUUUGCCCGCCAUGGUCGAUAGCCAUGCAGUGAGCCUUAUCGAGGCGAUGGAGGAGUGGCUGUCCGGUGAUGACUUCGAACGCGCCUGGCGAGAGUGUUAUGAUAUGUCUUGCAGAGGGUCGACGGGACGAUCCGACCGAAACAUCUCCGAGUCGGUGCUCCUGCAGACCGCGGCGAAGCUUCACAACCACCUGCCGCAUGGCCCGCUGGAGCGCAUGAUCCCGGCCCCAGACACUGAGUUCGUGAGAGGAGCCCUGGACGCCAUCGGCCUAGAGGAGCCUCGGCGUGCCGGCCUAGAGGACCUUGAGCACUUCGAAGCAGCCCUGGUAGUGGUCUACACACAUUUGGCGCAUUGCGCCACGAUGCUGGAAAAGGAGAUGCCAGGAAUGGCGAACGCAAUCCUCUCUGGCAAGAUCGACCCGCGGGGUGCAUGACUUUCCCGCUGUCCAGAAGUGCGGC